AUGCCUAAUCGGACCAAGUUUCUUCAGUUUAUUGGCAAAUGUGAGGCGAACCACAUCAGAAUCAGCAUUGGACCAGAAGCAGCAGACGAGGAGCAGCGGAGCCAGCCGGGAUCUCCGUUCCGGCAGCGGGUAAGCGGGUGGCACCGCCCCCUGCUAGCCGGAGCGUCGAGGAGCAGCGGAGUUAGCUGGGAUCUCCGUUCCGGCAGCGGAACUGGGUUGGUGAGGACACCACCAUCGCAAACCCAGCAGGUGCAAAAGCUACAAGGGCAAGAGAAGGAGCACCAACAGAUGCAGCAGCAGCAAUACAGCGCAUGGUCGAGAGUACCCAAACUACCAAGGGUAGAAGUAGCCAAAAAGCUGGUAGACGAGCUGCACGAAUACGUCGACAAACGGAGCAACGUGCACAAGGACAUCAAAGCGUUGGUGAUUAAGAUCCAAGGGGCCCUUGGAUCGGCAGUUAAAGAGUGGAAGAGUAUGGCACAGAGAGCCGAAGAUGCAGAGAAGGAGCUCUUGGCAGCCAAGACUGCCAGUGAAGCAAGCCGAACGUCGGAAGCGAGAAGGCAGAUCACUAACAAAACUGCGGAGAAAAAUAGCGUGGUGGAAAGCAUCUCCCAGAGGAUGCAAACUACACCCUUUUUCACGCCGAAGAGACCAAGGGCAUCGCCAGGAGAAGUGAGACCCGGUGGCUCCAAGAAACAUAAGGACGCCCCCGUUACUGGUGCACGUCAUCCAGUAGAGAAUGUCGUCGCAGACGGCCAUACCCCGUGGCAGGUCGUCGGCAAAAGAAAAGCGAAGUCGGCCGGUAAAAGCAGGUCCGACAAACGGAAGCUCAUAAAGAGAAAAAAUAAAGGUGAAGCUCUCAUCGUCAAAACAAGUGACGACUCGUACGCGGAAGUUCUGCGCACCAUGCGGACUAAUCCGGACCUUAGGGAGCUAGGGGAAGACGUGAAGAAAAUUAGGCGCACCCGCAAUGGGGAAAUGAUCCUCGAGUUAAGAAGGGAUCCAAAAGGAAGCAGCUCCUCCUACAAAGAGCUUACCGAGAAAGCUAUGGGCGAUAAGGUCGAAGUCAGGGCCCUAUGUCCAGAAGCAACCCUCCUAUGCAAAGACUUGGACGAGGUCACAUCGGAGCAGGAAGUUGAAGUAGCUAUGAAGGAGCAGUGCGAGCUAGGAGAAGCCAGGAUGACCAUCCGUGUAAGAAACGGACCUUCUGGCACGAAGGUGGCAUCGAUCAAACUACCGAUCGAUGCAGCCAAUAAGGCACUAAGAGUUGGCAAGAUCAAAAUAGGCUGGUGUGUGUGCCCCCUGAGUAUCUCUCAGCAACCGGAAGUGUGUUUCAAAUGCCUAGAGUACGGCCAUCUGGCAAGAGAUUGCAAAGGGCCUGACAGAAGCAAACUAUGCAGAAGGUGUGGUGAGGAAGGCCACAAAGCUCAGGAUUGCAGGAAGUCCCCGAAGUGCCUCAUCUGCGCAAACAGAGAGAACAGCAAUCAUCCGACAGGUGGCCGAAGAUGCCCGGCCUUCAAGCAACUUUUGCUGCGAAAAGCCGUUGUGGAGCAAAACUGCGAUGUUGCCAUUAUUUCGGAGCCAUACCGAAUUCCCCCCGAAGAUGGAAACUGGACAGCAGAUAGGGCGAAAACAGUAGCAGUCUGGACAGCGGGAAGAUAUCCCGUGCAAGAAGUGGUGUACUGCGCAGAUGAAGGUUUUGUGGUUGUGAAAAUCAACGGAAUUUUUAUAUGUAGCUGCUAUGCCCCACCAAGAUGGACGAUAGAGCAGUUUAACCAAAUGCUGGACAGGAUAACCGAGGAGCUAAUCGGCCGAAGACCAGUCGUCAUUGCCGGCGAUUUUAACGCUUGGGCGGUCGAAUGGGGUAGCCGUCUCACAACCCCAAGAGGAAGUAGUCUACUGGAGGCCCUAGCUAAGCUAAACAUAGACAUCGCCAACGAAGGUAGCACCAGUACGUAUCGUAGGGAAGGUAGAGAGUCUAUCGUCGACGUCACCUUUUGCAGUCCUGUUCUGAUGGGAGCGAUAAAUUGGAGAGUAUGUGAGGAAUACACCCACAGCGACCAUCAAGCCAUCCGGUACCAUAUUGGAGGCAGGACUCGGCUGGAGUCACGUGGGACACAAACGAAUGAGCGGAGGUGGAGGACAGCGAACUUCGAAAAGGACGUGUUUGUGGAGGCGCUAAGGCUGGAGAGCAAUUCACUGAACCUCAGUGCAGAAGAGCUGGUAGCGGUACUAUCCCGCGCGUGCGACGCUACAAUGCCAAGGAUGGGAAAACCAAGAAACAGUCGACACCCCGUCUACUGGUGGAACCCAACGAUUGCUGAUCUGCGAGCACAGUGCUUACGAGCUAGAAGAAGGAUGCAGAGGGCUAGAAAUGACGGUGAUAGGGAGCAACGUAGGUUACCUUACAGAGCAGCAAGAGCCGCAUUGAACAAAGCGAUCAAGCUCAGCAAGAAAGCCUGUCUUGACAAUCUCUGUCAUAAGGCCAACUUGAAUCCAUAG